AUGUCAUCGAAUAGAAUUGUGGUCAUCGGCGCGGGGGUUACGGGCCUCACCACGGCCCUGUUGCUUUCUAAGAACUCGGCCAAUGAUGUGACAGUCGUUGCCAAACACAUGCCAGGGGACUCGGACAUCGAAUAUGCGUCCCCGUGGGCUGGUGCCAGUUAUCUACCCCUGGGUGCAAAGGGGAGCGAAAAUGCCAAGUACGAGAAGGCCACCUGGCCUGCGCUGCGCGAUUUAGCUCAGCAUAGUCCCGAAUCGGGUGUCCAUUUUCAAGAGACCACGGUCCAAAACCGUCGCAAAGAUCAGGACACUGCCACGGGAAAGUGGGCGGCUGAGCUCACAUCGCCUAGUCCUUGGUUCAAAGAUAUCAUGCCGGAUUUCCGCAACCUGCCUUCCGACCAACUCCCCCCGGGCAUCGAUAACGCUCAAAGGUUCACGUCUGUCUGUAUCAACCCGGCAAUUUACCUGCCAUGGCUGGUUACCCAGUGCAUGAAAAACGGCUGCGUCUUCAAACGGGCUAGUUUGACCCAUAUCGCCGACGCGGCCGACGCGCACCACUCGGGCAGUAAGGCCGAUGUCGUGGUCAAUUGUACCGGCCUGGGCUCUCGAACGCUCGGCGGUGUUGCUGACGACCAGGUCCAUCCGAUCCGCGGUCAAAUUAUCAUGGUCCGCAACGAUCCCGGGUCAAUGACCUCGAUCUCCGGGUCAGAUGAUGGUCCAGAGGAGGUGGCCUAUAUUUUCCCAAGAGCAGCAGGUGGCGGGACGAUCAUUGGCGGAACAUACCAGAAGAAUAACUGGGAUCCUCUCCCUGACCCCAAUUUCGCGAACAGAAUCAUGCAGCGAGCCCUCAAACUCGACCCGCGGUUGGUCAAACCAGGACAGGGCGUGGAAGGCCUUGAUAUCAUCAGACACGGAGUUGGACUGCGCCCGGGUCGAACUGAUGGAGUGCGGAUUGAAAAGGAUCAAGUGAACGGGGUGAAGAUCGUGCACAACUACGGCCAUGGCGGGUUCGGAUACCAAACCUCAUGGAGCUGCGCUGAAAAGGCAGCUGGACUGGUUCACGACACUCUCCUGCAAAGGGAUCGAGCUAAGCUUUGA